AUGGGGUGGGAGUGGGAUUCGGGCUUCUGGCGUAAGGCGGAGCGCGUUAAUGCAGGAUUGACUCGGGGAUGGAAAAGCAAAAAGAAGGGGAUCGAGACAGCGAGGACAAGCCAGGAAGAAGGGGGAACCAAACAGGAUCGGGGAACACGAGUUGACACUACGGUUUAUUCGCUUUCGGCCCUGGCUGCUGCUGAGCUUGGGGGGGGGGAGGCUGCUGAGGGUUUGGAAGGGAGUACGAUCAGGCUGAGAAAGUGGGAACGCAUUUCUCUCCCGUCCCCUCAAACUCAUCUUCGACUCACCACUCCUCUAACCUCCAAGUCCCCCGGGCCAAAAGAUGUACGAGACCGCCCUACCGGCCUCAACUUGAUCGUUGCUGCUGCUGGAAGUCCAAAGCUACCGUACACCAUUCCCUUUCGUAAAAAGGGCCUUUCGCAUUCAAGAAAACCAAACCGACCUGAAGUUCUCCCUCUGAGCUUUUCGACUCGGAUGCGAUGGCAACCACCUUAUAAACCGAUGGCUAGCUCACGAAUCGACCUGAGGCUGCGGGUCUUCACGAAGAAGAUGUUUGGGCAUACCUGGUAUCAUCCCACUGCUGACCAUGCCUUUGAGUGUCUGAUAGUUUGCGUGACCAAGGCGGCGGUGCAAGUCUCAAGGUCUGAUAGAAUGAAGUGCCAGGGAAUAGAGGUUUUUAUUGGGGAGAAGAUUACCGCGCGCUAUGAUGGCGUUUGUGGACUUGUUGGUGAUCCAGCAGGAGCUUUCGUCAAAAUGCGCAACGGCCUGGUUGUCGCGUCCGAGACGGUUAUAGAUGAACCGCCGACGCCUUUAACAGAUCGAGCGACUGUCGGUUUGAGAGUCAUGAAAUGUGAUCUCUCCGGGGAGAUGUGA